AUGUCCUAUCGAAGCACGAAUGUAGAGAACCCCCAGGACCAAGUCUAUCCUCCUCAAGCCAACACGUCUGGUCAAGGAAAGAUGUACCCAACUAAACCACGUGAUGGGUACAACAAAAAUUACCAAGGAGGCUAUCAGAAAAACACCUCUGUUCCACCUGGAUUCGAGGCUAAGCAAGGUCCGCAAGAACCUGGAGUCAAGCAGAUGCUUCAGCAACUACUUCAGGGACAGUCUACCGGAAACGUGGAUCUCAACAAGCGACUAUCUGAGAUCAAUGGGAGAAUCGACUUCUCGCACCACGACCUUCAGACUAAGAUUGAAGCUCUCACAAGUAGAAUCCAUCAGCUUGAACACAAAGGCGGAACAGCUUCCUCAUCCAGAACGCAAGGUCAACUUCCGGGUAAAGCAGAGCAGAAUCCCAAGGAAUACGUACAAGCAAUUACAUUGAGAAGUGGACGCGCUUUACCUCCAAGAACAGGACCCGCACCAGUCAAUGAGGACAUUGAGGAACAAGAGGAGGAGAUUUCAGUUGAAACUGAAGCCAGCACCUGUGACUGA